AUGGCCACGAAUCGGGUGAUCGUCGUCGCCGUGGUCCUGAUGGCGGUGGCUGAGCUCACAGGCGCCAGCUUAACUCAGCAGUACUAUUCGCCGCCGACACCAUCACCCCAGUCGAGUCCGCCUCCGCCCGUGCCCCAGCCGAGUCCACCGCCGCCGCCGCCCCAGUCGAGUCCGCCUCCCCUGUCGCCUCAGCCGAGUCCACCGCCGGCGCCGCCCCAAUCAAGUCCGCCUCCGCCGCCCCAAGCGAGUCCGCCGCCACGCCAGUCGAGUCCGCCGCCGUCGACUCCAAGUCCGAGCAGUUACGGGGGCUUCCAAGCGUCUGGUUGGCAGGACGGCAGCGCCACCUUCUACGGCGACGACUCCGGCCAAGGCGACGACUUCGGCGGUGCGUGCGGGUAUAGUGGCAGUGACAUCGCGAAGCUAUACUCAACAAGGACGGCGGCCCUCAGCACGCCGAUGUUCUCCGAUGGUGAUGGGUGUGGGCGGUGCUAUGAGAUCCAAUGUGUCAAGUCCAAGUGGUGCACUAAGGGCUCCCCUUCCAUCAUCAUCACAGGCACCAACCUCUGCCCGCCCAACCAGAACAAGCCUAACGAUAAUGGUGGCUGGUGCAACCCACCACGACAACACUUUGAUUUGGCGCCUCCAUCCUUCAAAACACUUGCUGACAAGGUCGCCGGCAUCAUCCCUGUCCAAUUCCGCCGUGUCCCAUGCCAGAGGUCUGGCGGAGUCAGGUUCUGCAUCAAGGGAAACAACAACUGGCUCCUACUCCACGUCAUGAAUGUCGCCGGUGGCGGUGAUAUCAGCGAGAUGGCUGUCAAGGUGGCUGGAGGUGACUGGGUACAGAUGUCACAGAACUGGGGCAUCACAUAUCAGGCAUACGCCGCAAUGGACAAAUCCAAGGCGCUCACUGUCAGGAUCAUCGGUGGCUCCUCACCGCAACAAACCAUCAUAGUCGGUGAUGCCAUUCCCGCAAGUUGGUCUACUGGACUCUGCUACCAAGGAUCAAAUAACUUCUGGUGA